ACGGGCAAUAUCGAGAGUUUUUCGACAAUAAUCAAAGCACCCCCGAAGGAUCCUACGGAAAAGAUUUCAUUCUUGGAGACUUCAGUACGCGAAACCCAAAUGUACACCGAUUAUAUACCGGCGUUUGAAAAGUUGUACCGUGACAGGGGAGUCCAGGUUCAGUUUGCCCCAAGCUGUCUCAAGUCGUGCCAAGGUAUUCCUGAGGAUCUGCUAGUAUUGGACGACCUGACAAAUAGUGGCAAUCGUAUGGCGGAUCGUCGUGCUGGCUUGGACUUGAAGCACACAGAAUUGGCACUGGAUUUGCUGGCGAAAUUCCACGCAGCCUCCGCGGUGUACGUGGAUCAUGGGCAUACCUUUACGGAAGAGUUUGUUGGGCCGAAACCGGUCGAAGGGUUCAGAAAAAUGUGCAAAGAUAUAUUUCAACCGAUUCUGGAUGAUCUAAUACAGGGCAUGGCGAGUUGGAAUCUCGAGCCGGAAUACUAUACCGACUUGCAAGAACUAGCACGGCAUAUGUUGGACGAAUUGGCACCUAUGAUGGCUCCUUGCGAUGAUCAGUUCAAUGUUCUGAUUCACGGUGAUCUGUGGACCAAUAACAUGCUUUUCAAAUACGACACAAACUCUAGUAUUCCAUCAGCAGCCACUUUGCUAGACUUUCAAGUAUGCUGCUGGGCAUCUCCGUUGGUCGAUUUGCACAAUUUCCUGUUUUCAUCUGUCUGUGCCGAAUUGAUGCUGCCCAAGCUGAACUACUUCCUGCGCUUCUACCAAGAACGUUUGGCCGAGAGUCUGGUGUUGUUGGGUUACACGAAACGUCUGCCAACGUUACAGCAACUUCACGUGGAUUUCACCGACCAUCUUCUGUACGGUUUCUUCAGUGCGAUGCUGAUGCUGCCAUUUGUGUUAGUUCCAGAUACGGAAGACGCAUCGCUAGGUACCAUGCUAGAACCGGGCACCGAUUCUUGGCAACGGUUCCUGAAGAAGAUGUUUCGUAACGACCAGUUAAGAACUCAUCUAAAAAUGCUAAUCCCAUACUUCCGUGUACGCGGUAUUCCAUGUCAGGCGAAAUGAUUUGUCGCAAGCAUUAUC